GGGAGUUGUAACCGUCAUCUAGCGAAUUGUUUCAUGCCGACGUAGGUCAUAUACGUACAGAGACACAAUGCAAGGUAUUCUGUCCACGCUUGCAAACGGACAAUGCGAGUGUAUAGACACUGGUGCUAGCCACAAGAUACCCACAUCAAUACCAACUUCUAAAUCCUCCAACAUCAACCUCAAAAGUAAACCCCGUACGCCAGAACACACAUACCCAGACCCAUCGAUUUUAAACCAGAGAACCAAGACACCCGCGAGCAGGAAAUCAGCAAAGACGUAAAGAACGCAUGAGGACCGGAAGACAGAUAAUGACUAUGCCAGAGGCUAGUUAAACGCGCAUGCAGUAUGCACUAUUAUGUCCCAGUAAAAUGAAG